CUCCACUCGGCGGGUGGGGCGCGAUUUUCUGGCUCGACCUGAGAUCUGGUCUGGCGCCGUCAUUCGGGCAUCACAUCAUCUCAACCGAUAGAUCGUAUGAGCGGGGAUCGGCCGCCGCGGAUCCAGUUUUGGCCGGGGGACAUAAGGGGACAGUCCACCCCAGAAAGAAAGCGAGGACAUCCAGGACAUUGUGAGGGCAUUACCCAGCGGAUAUAGCUCAGGAUCUGGGCCCUGUACAUGAGAUAGCUCGUGGAUCAGCCUCCGAUUAGUAGGCCUUUUCAUGAUCUCAUCCGCUGUCUACUUACCACGUUCGCAAACUUCAUGAACCAUCAACUUCGACAUGGCCCAUGCCGCGGUAAAUUGUUAUCUUAUCUGGCGGAGGCGAGUUCUUUUCCCAAGGACUGAUGACCACUGAUGAUCAACUUCAGCUCCCCGCAAAAAAUUCCGAUACAUUUUCCGGCGUGCAAGACCUUCUAAACCUUCAGCCGAACAUAUGAAAGCGAUCAGCGUCGGCAGUCUCUCCUGCUCUCCUCUUCUCCGUUUUCCACCUUUGGGAUUUCCGCGUUCCCGACGGGGAAGGUAUAGCCUACCAUAAAAGGACGAACCCCUGUCGCACAACCCAAUUGUCUUGUCUCCUCUACUCAUGACUGCUGUACACACCAACGCUGACUUUUGGGAACGCGCCGACGGUUCUCUCAUUCGAUACUCUGGCGGCGGGUCCUUCAUCCGGAGGAUCAUCGAGCGCGCCGAUGGCGUUUUCCUCUACGACUCAGAGGGCAAGCAAAUUAUCGACUUCACGUCCGGCCAAAUGAGCGCCAUCCUCGGCCACUCCAACAAGGAGAUCGUGGAGGUGAUCCAGAAGCAAGUCGCCAGCCUCGACCACUUGUACUCUGGCAUGCUCAGCCGGCCCGUCGUCGAUCUCGCGUCGAAGCUGAGCUCCAUGCUACCUGCGGGUCUGGACAAGGUUCAGCUUCUAUCAACUGGCGCGGAGAGCAACGAGUGCGCGAUUCGGAUUGCCAAACUAUACACUGGCAAGUUUGAGAUUGUCGGACUCGCCAACUCGUGGCACGGCGUUACAUUCGGGGCGGCGUCGAGCACCUAUCAGCACACCCGCAAGGGAUACGGGCCGGCUGCUCCUGGUUCGCUGGCCCUGCCGACCCCGAACGGCUUCCGGAGUCCUUUCCGAAACGCUGACGGCACGUAUGACUGGAAGGCGGAGCUCGACUACGGAUUCUCGAUGAUCGAUUCUCAAUCUGUCGGCUCUCUGGCGGCCGUUAUCGUCGAGCCUAUCCUCAGCUCCGGAGGCGUUAUCGUGCUUCCUCCAGGAUACCUGCGCCGCCUGAAAGAACACUGCGAGCGUCGCGGCAUGCUUCUGAUUGUCGACGAGGCCCAGACUGGAGUAGGCCGGACCGGCAAGAACUGGGCGUUCGAGCACGACGGAGUCGUCCCCGACAUUCUCACACUCUCGAAGACGCUCGGGGCCGGCCUGCCACUCUCCGCCGUGGUGACGUCAACCGGGAUCGAACAGGUCGCUCAUGAGCGGGGAUUCUCCUUCUUCACCACCCACGUCUCGGACCCUCUUCCUGCUGCAGUCGGCCUCCGAGUGCUCGAGAUGCUCGAGCGGGAUAACCUUGCACAGCGCGCUGGGAUCCUCGGCGGCCGAUUCCGCUCUUUCCUGCUAGGUCUGCAGGCGCAGUACAGCUGCAUCGGGGAGAUUCGGGGACUCGGCCUCAUGCAGGGCAUGGAGAUCGUAAAGGACCGCUCGACAAAGGAGCCCGACGAGGCGCUGGCCACUGCGCUUGCGACACGGAUGCUCGAGCUGGGGCUGAGCGCAAACGUGCUGGGCAUCCCCGGGAUCGGCAGCUCAUUCAGGAUGGCCCCCCCGCUCUCGAUCACCGAGGAGGAGCUCGAUGCUGGGCUAGCCAUCAUUGCGGAGGCUUUUAGGUCUACACCCGGUAUCGAGAAGCAUUAGAGCAUCAGUAGAUGCAUAGACUUUUUCGCAUACAUAGACCCUUGUAAUCGCUUGAUCUCACACAAUUGUAAAGUCCAUGUCACGAACCUG